GGAACGCAAUACCCGGAAGCGGCAUGGAACGCAAGCUGUGUGCUUCCGGUAAGCAACUUCCGGCUCCGGCUCUAGUUAUCAGAGACAGAGGACAGAUGUGGCUGCCGGAUUUGCAAAAACAGUGACCUAAACAAGAUCAAGAAUCCAUUUACCAACUGACUAUAUGCGUGAGGAUGGACCAUGAAAAGAUUUUAAAUCUCACAUUGGAGAUAAUUACCCUACUGACUGGAGAGGAUUACACAGUAGUGAAGAAGACAUCUGGUGAGUGUGAGACACCCAGCAGCCAUUCCCAUGUGCCAGGAGGACUGAGCAGGACCCAGAGCCCCAUCCUGGUGCCUCCACCUCACUCACUGAUACAUAAAAGACACAAUGACCAGAAGAUCCUGGAACUCACCAACAAGAUCAUUCAGCUGCUGACUGGAGAGGUUCCUGUAAGAUAUGAGAACAUCACUGUCUAUUUCUCCAUGGAGGAGUGGGAGUAUUUGGAAGCGCACAGGGAUCUGUACGAGGAUGUGCGGAUGGACAGUCACCGGCCCCUCACAUCACCAGAUGAAUCUCUUCACAAAAAUCCACCAAGAGAAUUUUACGCUGCUAUUCCCCUAAAAGAUGAUAUAAACACUGAUGUAAAAAAAAUGGUACAAAAUGAAGAUGUACAGUAUUGUCAGCACAUCGUAAGGAGGACUUUACUGAGAGAUGAAGAUUCUGAGAAAGAUCAAAAAGAACAUUUCAAUGACACUGACUUUUGUAUACCCACAGUUCACACACAGUAUACAGCUACUCAAAGUAUGGAAGACCAAGUGUCAUGUGAUGAAGGAACCCUUACAGACACCAACAUUUAUACACCCACAGAUCAUACACAGUAUACAUCUCAUAUUAUGGAAGAACCAGUCUCAUGUGAUGAAGGAACCCUCACAGACACCAACAUUUAUACACCCACAGAUCAUACACAAUAUACAUCUCAUAUUAUGGAGGAACCAGUCUCAUGUGAUGGAGGAACCCUCACAGACAGUGACAUUUAUCCACCCACAGAUCAUACACAGUGUACAACUACUCAUAUUAUGGAGGAACCAGUCUCAUGUGAUGGAGAAACCUUCAAAGACCCUGACAUUUAUACACCCACAGAUCAUACACAGUAUACAUCUACUCAUAUUAUGGAGGAGCCAGUCUCAUGUGAUGGAGGAACCCUCACAGACACCAACAUUUAUACACCCACAGAUCAUACACAGUAUACAUCUACUCAUAUUAAGGAGGAACCAGUCUCAUGUGAUGGCGAAACCUUCAUAGACCCCAUUUAUACACCCACAGAUCAUACACAAUAUCCUUCUGCUCACAUUAAGGAGGAACCAGUCUCAUAUGAUGAAGGAACCCUCAUAGACCCUGACAUUUUUAUACCCACAGAUCAUACACAAUAUACUUCUACUCAUAUUAAGGAGGAACCAGUCUCAUUUGAUGAAGGAACCCUCACAGACCCUGACAUUUACACAGCAGCAGCUGAUACACAAAUGGAUGAUACAACCUCUCAAGCUAGGAACAGUACAGAAUUUAUGAAAUACUUCAGUAUUCACAAAGGAAAAGCACUUAAUUACAGGGAAAAACAAUUAAUCUUUAACUCUAAAUGUGUUAAAACUGAGAAAAUGCCAAUGGGACAAUUUCCAUUGUACAAAUACGGAAAAUGUUUCACGGAACCGUCAACGCUUUACACACAUCAGCGGAUUCCUAAUGCACAAGCACCGUUCCAGUGUCCGUACUGUGGGAAAUGUUUCGUCUAUUACACCCAUCUUGUUACACAUCAGAGAGUUCACACGGGAGAGAGGCCUUAUGCGUGUUCUGUGUGUGGAAAAUGUUUUGCCCAUAACUCAACUCUUGUCACGCAUCAACGAAUUCACACCGGGGAGCGUCCGUAUGUUUGCUUUCAGUGCGGCAAAUGUUUUACAAAGAAAUCAAAUUUAACAACUCACAACAGGAUUCACACGGGAGAAAGACCUUAUGCUUGCACCAAAUGUGGGAAAUGUUUUGGGAGUAAGAGCCAUUUUAACAGACACAUCAAGAUCCAUAAAAGAGAGACAAGCUGUUUUUGAGAAAUUGUGAAACUUUCAAUUUGAUUUCAGUUUUGUCGUGUCAGCAUCAUGAAAGGUGCGUUAUUUUCUAUCCGGCACAUUCACUUAUUUGUAUAACAAGUACAGCUGAAACGAUGUAUAGUAAUAUUAGGAAUACAGGAUGUUCUUGUUCUCACACGUGAUAUCAUCAUUUCAGACCAUUACAUAAGAUUUGAAUUAAAAAGGAAAUGUAAUAUUUUUUUUUAGGAAGUUCUAAAUAUUUUCACUUGUGAUAACUGAAAAAGAAAAAGUGAAGUGUUUAGAAGAUACACAUCAGACAAAGCGAGACAUUCACAAUUGUAAAAAAUAUUUUAAAAAAGUGCAACAAAAACAUUUUUACCUUUAUUAAACCUGUCCAAUAAUAAAGAAU